GAUCCAGGCUCGCUCUGAAUUGCGGAUGAGAAUUCGCUGAAGCUGCAGCACAACAGGUUCCUGUGUGUCCUGCAUGGAAAUUAGAAAGGUGGCGCUGCGCCUACCUCUGCCAUAAGAUUAUACCCAUCAACAGGUAGAGUUGGCUGCGCCGGUACGAGCGGACACACUUCCCUGUUAAAGCAUGAGGCUCGCCGUGUGCAUCGCCUUGUCUCUGCUGGCGACGCUCUCUUUAAUGGGGCUGAUGAAGCUGCGCAAGAAGCGGGUGGUCGCGGCGGAGAAGCAGCGCAGGUUCCAGGAUAUUAAACUCCGAGUGACGCAGGAUGUGCUCGACGACCUGUACGGAGAGAUGGACAACUCUCGGAACCUGCAGAGUCAGCUCAGGGUUGAGAUCGACAAGGUUGCCAAAGAAAUGGAGUCUCUAAAGACCACGGAAAAGGAGAAGACAGAUGCGGCGAACAUCUGCCAGUCGGACAAGAAAGAGAUAAGUGACGAGCUGGGAAAGUUGCAGUCAGAAAUCAAUGGCCUCAAUCAUGAAUUUAAUAAGCAGAAGACCAGCUGGGAAGGAGAGGUGGCAUCACUGAAACAGCAACUAGAGCAGCGGAGCAAAGUGUGUGACUUUGUGAAAGACUCAGCAGAGGCUAAGCGUCUGUGCGGCAUCACAGAUACUAAGGAGGGCUCCAACCCUGCCAAGGCCGAGGCCCCUAAACAAGAGGAGCCCAAGGCCGAAGCCCCUAAACAAGAGGAGCCCAAGGCCGAGGCCCCUAAACAAGAUGCACCCAAGGCCGAGGCCCCUAAACAAGAGGAGCCCAAAGCUGAGGCCCCUAAGCAAGAUGCACCCAAGGCCGAGGCCCCUAAACAAGAAGAGCCCAAGGCCGAGGCCCCUAAACAAGAUGCACCCAAGGCUGAGGCCCCUAAACAAGAGGAGCCCAAAGCUGAGGCCCCUAAACAAGAGGAGCCAAAGGCCGAGGCCCCUAAACAAGAUGCACCCAAGGCCGAGGCCCCUAAACAAGAGGAGCCAAAGGCUGAGGCCCCCAAACAAGAUGCACCCAAGGCUGAGGCCCCUAAACAAGAGGAGCCCAAGGCUGAGGCCCCUAAACAAGAGGAUGCUAAAGCAGAGGCCCCAAAAGCCAGAUGAGGUAUUAGGAUCUGUUUAGGAGCUGUAGAGUCCACCAUUAAACGCCUCAGCACUUAAGGAAGAACAUCAUUUUUGAUAAGACAUGAACAACCUGGUCCAGGUGAUAUAUUUGCACAGGAUGUGUUGCACAGGUGCAAGCCUAUAGCCGGCCUAUACGGGAAAGCAUGGGGAUGUUCUUGAGCCUAAUUACAGAUCUGUUUUGUAGGCUUGUUCUUGACUGUUACAGCAUCAAUCGAUGUUAUCAAACUGUAACUAUAAAUUUUGGUUUGGGGCUCUGUUUUUUCUUUGGAUCUUGGUGAUAUACUGACAAUGUGAAAUAGCAUAAUGGAGACAUACGAAAGCCCCGGACCUUCACGUUAUCAUGCAGAAAUAAGGCUCUUGUGCAUAGUGCUUUGCACAGUGUGAGUCUAACAUACUUGGUGCUGCUGGAUUCGGGUUGCUGACAAAAAUAAAGAAGUUUUUAUGUUAUCGAUGCAUUCCUCAUUCAUGCUGUGACCCUCUUCAACAGAUGCCGUUUCAAAUCAUUUAGCCUCUUUGUGGCAUACUUUACAGGAAA